GACAGAUGAGCGAGUCGGGAGAGAAAACAAAAUACGGCACCGACUACGUCAAACCAAGGUCAAAGCCCCGUAUAUAUCUCGCUCGCAAGUUCCUGGCCUUUGUUGAGAGCUACGAGGGUCUUAUGAAGAAACAUGCGCCGAAAGCAUUCGAGGUUUACAGCAAUCUCUCUACGGGGACCAAGUUACUCUAUAAGGAGGUUCAAGUUUAUUUGAACGUCUCGAAAAGACUCAACGCGGGCCAGCCUGCCAGCUCUCUGACUCGCAAAGAGCUGGAGGUCUACUACAGAGUGCCAAAUGACAUCGUGCACGUGGCACCAGCUCUAGUCAUCGCCGCAUUACCGUUUACCAACUACAUCAUAUUCCCGCUCUUGUACUUGUUCCCGAAGAAACUCCUAUCUCCGCAAUAUUGGACGAGUCGACAGCUCCGUUACUUCGAAGUUGCAAGGCAUCUGGAGAGGGUUCAAUAUCACGAUAACGUGCUCUGGCAUUUCGAGCGCGGAAACAUUAGCGAUGCUGAUCUCAAAGCUAGAAGUCUUGAAAUCGUGUCUUUGCUUCGCUCUGGAAAGCAGCCCAGUAUCGAAGAAAUUCUCGCAAUCAAACCUUUAUUCCAAGAUGGAGGAAGUUUCGCGCUGCACAACCUCGGCUACGGGCACUUGAGAGCUCUAUCGUUGUCCCACGGCAUUCGUUAUGGAGGUAUCAUGCCAUACGGAAAAUCUUGGAGGUUCGGAGGCUACCUCUGGGAGAUGGACAGAGGACUCGCCAAAGAAAGCAUUGCACAGCUACAGGACGACGACCUGCAACAAUGCUGCUUCAUGCGCGGUUUCAAUCCCGUCGGUCUGAAGAGAGUCGAAGCGGAGCAGUAUCUCGAUACAUGGCUGCGAGUUUCACUGGAACUGAAAGAUCGCGAGCUUUCCUUGUUGCUGCACUCGCCGAUAUUGUUGGCAUACAACCACAAGAACAACUACGGAAUCAGCUUCCUGUGAAGACUUAGGAUUCGGAAGGAUACAUCGAGAUUCGUCGGAAGCUGUCUCACCUACAGUAGCUUCUCGGAAUCCUCUCGUUUGGUCGUUCUUCUUUUGUGACAGAAGAUCCCUCGACUUCUCGAACGAGCGACUUAUUGGUACAGAAAACACGGAAUGUUCCGUGGAACUGAAUUUUUCCGUGAGGCCGAAACCCAGACGAGACGUCUGCGCCGACGGUAGCUGUUCCUGUCGCUGGUACAACAUCGAUACCACGAGGGAAUUCUUGUGAAGCUCAAGUCUAAUGGCGGAGAUACUUAUUUAUUCUUCCACGAGAUACACCGGAUUCCAGUGUAUACGAGGUGAGGUCCCUCGAGGGGCGCUUGUUGUAAUAUAUAAAAUGGAGAGAGAGAGGGCGGAAGUCAGAUCGGACCUGUGUUCCUGAGCGAGUGAAUAAACCAUCAACUUUCGCUCUCCUGAGUGCCGCU